AUGACGAUGCGAGACGAAUACCCCAUCCACACGCUCGGCUUAAUCGGCUGCGGCAAACUCGGCAGCGCCCUCCUCCAAGGCCUCCUCCUGGCGCCACCACCCCCGACCCUCCAGCACAUCCACAUCACCGUCCGCACCCCCUCCAGCGCCGCGCACAUCCACUCCACAUUCCUCUCUUCUCCUUCCACCACCACGCCCAUCCCCGUCACCCUCAACACCGCCGACCCCCUCACCACCUGCCUCGCCGCCGACGCCGUCAUCCUCGCCUGCAAACCCACCCAGCACGCCGCCAUCCUCGGCACCCCGGGCAUCGCCGCCGCGCUGGCCGGCAAGCCGCUGAUCUCGCUGCUCGGCGGCGUGACGGAGGAGCAGUUGGCGGCGAGUCUUGCGCUUUCUCCUCCUCUUUCUUCUCCGUCUUCUUCUUCUUCUGCUUCUUCCCCGCCCAGCGCUGCAGCCAUCAUCGUCCGCGCCAUGCCCAACGCCGCCGCCGCCGUGCGCCGCAGCACCACGCUACUCGCCUCGUCCGCCUUCGCGCCCGCGCCCGCAGCCAGUGGGAACGGCGGCACCGCCAUGAUGAAAGACGCCAUCGUCCGCCUCUUCGCCACCCUCGGCAGCAGCACCGCGCCGCGCGUCGUCUCGCCCUCGACGCUCGAAGCCGCCGCCGUCGUCGCUGCGUCUGGCCCCGCGUUCUUCGCGCGCGUGGUCGGCGCCGUGGCCGACGAACUUCACGGCCUUCUGUUGGCGGAGCAGACGGGCGGCGCCGAGGACGCGAACGAAGCGGAGCUCGCGCUGCAGCUGGCGGCGGGCGCGAUGGGCGGGGCGGCGGCGCUGGUGGAGCGCGGCGGGUGGAGCGCCGAGGAGGUGGAGCGGCGGGUGGCGUCGGUUGGGGGGUCGACGGAGAAGGGGCUGGGGGUGUUGGGCGAGAGGGGGGUGGGCGAGGCGAUGGGGGAGGCGGUGAGGGUUACGUUUGAGGCGGCGAGGGGGUUGGGGGGUAGUGGUGGGGGUGUGGAGGGGAGGAGUGAGGUGGUGGUGGAUGAGGUGAUGGAGAUGCCGGCGGAUGGGAUGAUGAAGGCGGUUGUGCUGAAGAAGGAGAGGCAGGUGGUGUUGGAGCGCAGGCCGAUUCCGGUUAUUGAGGGCCCGGGGGAGGUGCUGGUUAAAGUCGAGUACAGUGGGCUGUGUGGCAGCGAUCUUCAUCUGUAUCGGGGGACUGAGGAUUGCGGUUCGGAUUUCAUUUUGGGACACGAGUUCACCGGCCGCGUUGUGCAGGCGGGGAAGGAUGUGAAAAAGGUUGCUAUGGGCGAUCGCGUCGUGGCUGCGUUUACAACGAGCUGUGCGCAAUGCUUCUACUGCAAAGCAGGUCUGUCAGCCAGGUGCACUUCUUGCAUGGUCUUCGGAACUCCCAAGCUCGGAGGAGCCCAAUCUCAAUAUGUUCGGGUUCCUCUUGCGGAUACAACUUUGACCAAGGCACCUGUAAAUGUCCAUCCACGAAAUCUCAUUUUGAUGGCAGAUAUUUUUCCAACCGGAUUCUUCGCCGCCCGCAACGCCUUCUCCCGCCUCACUCGCCAGCAAGCUCGCACUGCCACCGUCGCCGUCAUAGGCUGUGGCCCUGUCGGCCUGUGUGCCCUUGCGGCAACGACCUCAACGCACCAGCCCGCGCAUCUCCUCGCCAUCGAUGCCGUCCCCUCUCGCCUCCAGAAUGCCGCCUCCCUUGGCGCUGAGCCUUUUAACUACCAGAUACAGCGUCAAGAGCUCGACUCUCGCAUCCGGGAGCUGACCCAAGGCCGCGGUGUCGACGUCGUACUCGAGCUUGUGGGCGCCAAGGCGGCUUUAGGAAUGGCAUUUGAUCUUGUCAGGCCUGGUGGAACCAUCAGCUCUGUUGGGGUACACAGUAGCGAGUUCCCUUUCACGGCCACGCAGGCAUACGACAAGAAUGUGACACUUCAUAUGGGGAGGUGUCCUGUUGCAAGCGUUUUCCCAGAGGCGCUGGAGUGUCUCGAGAAGGUGCAGGAAAAGCUGGGCUGCUUGACGGAGACGGUUGUGCCGCUGUCUGAGGCAGUCGCAUACUAUGACGUUUUCAAUAGGAUGGAGGUACAGAAGGUCAUCUUUGAUGCGGAAAAGUAG